AGACUCACAUUGUUCCAUAGCCACCGACGUUUCCACAGUAGCUGGGAGGGUCAAAAGCUUUUUCCGCUCUUUGUUACGAUUUUAAGAUUUUUUUUUUUCCUUCCUUCUUCCAACUUUCCAGUUAAAGAAUGCUGCCGGGGCAAUCCUGAAUUAAUCCAGGCUGAGCUUCAGAGAAGAGAACAAGAGGCAGGUGGGAAAAAAUCCCACAAUGCUCGUGAAGCUUUUGCUCAUCUGUAACACAAUAGGAUUGGCAAAGCUGCUCAGCCAUCCAGACCAUCAUGGGGAUCCUGAUGGGUCAGUCCACAGCUCAAAGCCACAAAUUUAUGAAACUUCUGCAUACCCCCAGAGGACUCCUCUGUCACACAGGGAAGAAGGCUAUUGGGAGGCAGAAGGGCUCAGGGAGGAUUCCCAAGAUUACCCUUCAAGUGUGAUCUCCUCACAUCAGGAAGAGAAAGAGGAUUUUGAAGCUGCAAUCCCACAGUCCCGAAAUGGGAACUGGUGUUCCUUCACUCAGUCCCGGCUGGUAACAUACAUAGAAGCCUGCAUGAAGGAGAAGUACAUUGUCAACUCCCAACAGCCCUGUCCAAAUGGAGCACCAGACUGCCAGAAGAUCAUGUACAGGACUGCUCUGAAGCCAGUCUAUCAAGUGAAACAGAAGGUUUUGAAGUCUUUGCACUGGAAAUGCUGCCCUGGAUUUAUUGGCAAAGACUGUGAGCAGCAAGAUCCCAAUUUUAUUCUGGUGCCAGGAAGUCAAACUGAAGGACAGGAAGAAGACGACUUCUCAAACCACAUGUCAACACCAGUGGAUUCACGAGAAAUGUUGGAAGUCAUUCAAAAUCAUGAGGCAUUACUGGAUGAUCUUCAAAGUGAUAUUCAUCAAGCAGUCAGCAACUUAGGUGACUUACAGAGAAUAUUUGAAAACAACGGUACAAGCAUGGUGUUAGAAGUGAACCAGAGCAACUCAGAUCUACAGGAAAGGCUUCUGCAGCAAGUUUUGUUUCCCCACAUGGAGAAAUUUCUGAAGAAACAUUUUAACCCAGUGUGGGCAAGCUUCAAUAGGAGCUUACAGAACCUCUCGAACAUGGUAAGAAACCUCUCCCAUGAUGUGGAAGCCAACAAGGAAAGCAUAGAAAGAUUCCAAGAGAGCACUGUGCCCAAGAAGGAAUUCCAAGAGCUGGGAACGAAGUUUGAAUCCAAAGUCCAAGAAAACACAGUGAAAGUUGAUCAGAUGAAAAGAGAGAUAGAGAACCAACUACAAACACAACAGGCCAGCACUCAUCAUAGUCUCAGCGUGAUCAGGGCAGAUACUGACACAAAGCUCAAGAAGCUCCAUAAGAUACAGCAGUCUCAUUUUUUAGAUUUGAACGACAGCCUAGCAAACAUGAAACAAGAGCAAAACAAUCUUGAAAAUAAAUUUGAGGCUUUGAAAAAAAAUGUAACAGAACCAUCCUCACAUCCUGGUCCCAAAGAUGAAAACAGCCAAUUAAACAUCAGACAAAUAAAUGACAUCCUGGCAGGGCACGCAAAGCAGCUUAAAGAACUUUACAUGGAGUCAGAUGUGGCCUUUCAGAAUAUUGCAGUUUUAGAGAAGUGGUUUAAGGAUUUAAAAAAAAACAUCUCAAAGUAUAAGCCAGAAGAUCUUACAAUAACUUUAAUGGAGAAAUCACUUAUUACAGAGGAAAACAAGGAAGCAAUUGAAAGGCAGAUAUCAGAGCUCAACUACACGCUCUCAAAUCUUCGGGAAAACUAUUCAGACCUGCUGAGGUACAUGGAGGAAUGCAAUUGCCAGAGAAUAUCUUCUGACACUGAUGUACCAGAGGAAGAUUUAAAGAAUAUAACUUACUCCCUUGAAGGCACCGGACCUAACUUCAAGGAUAUGAAGCACCUGGAGUCAGUUUUCAAAGAGCUCUUGAGGAAUGAAAUUGAAGAGCUUUCCUCAGCUUUCCCAUCUAUCCAUCAGUCCCUUAAUCUCCGUCAAGAGGAAAGCAGAGAGCUUCAGUCCCAAGUUAUGGUUUUUUCAGAAGACAUAGAUUUCUUGAAGAAGAAAGAUGAAGAAAUCCAUCGGCACAUUAAGUAUCUCAACAGUUCUUUUGGCUCUCUUCUGGAAGAUGCUAUGCGGCAUGAAGCAGCACUGGAGGCUUUACUAGGAGAAGAAUUUAUGGAAGUCUUGUUUGAAGAAGAUCCUAGUAUCCUAAUAACAUCAGUAUUUCAGCUGCAAGAAUCUCUCAGACACAUGUCAGAUAAACUGCAAGAACAAAACAAGACUUUGGAAUCCUUCAUAAAGAGAUUUCAACAGAACAACCACGAUACUCAAACAUCUUCUAAGCAUCCCAAAGAAGAAACACAAACGUCCUCUAGUCUGGAUGAUGUCAGUAGUCAACACAGCAUUGUAAAACAUAUAGAACCCAACUAUGAGGCUGCCAGAGAUGAGUCCUUGGAUAGCUCAGCUUAUAAUGAUAUCAUGGCUCUGAAGAAUGAUAUCAAACACCUAGGCCUAGCAAUCAAGAGGCAUGAAUCUAGACGUGACAUGAAUCUCUGCUGCAAUCAUACAACAGGAAAUGUACUUGAGACACUCAAUGUUUCUGUGGAAAUUCUCUCAGCAGAUUUAGAAACCAUCAAGCAGAACCUGCAGGAACACCUACUGAUUUUUAAAAAGCUUUUUGGAAGCAAUGAAGAAUUAGUUGCCUCAAAUGUAAGUCUGGAUGUUACAAAGAUUCAGGCAAUGCUGACCGGGAAAGGAAGAAAGCAACAGAAAGGUCAAGACAGGCAAAGAGACAAGAAAAAGCUUGAGAAGCACAGAGAAAAUAUGCAAAUGAUAAGUGGAAGAAAUACAGCACAGACAGAACUUCUGCAAAAAGACUCAUCAGUGGCAUUCCACGUGGGAUUCUCAGAAGGAAAGUAUAAAGAAAAAACUCUGAGGUUUAAUGAAACUUACCUCAAUUAUGGAAACAGCUAUUUCCCUGAACAUGGCUACUUUAAAGCACCACAUAAAGGUGUCUACCUGUUUGUCAUCUCUGUGGAAUUUAGUUCAGGACCAGCACUGGGACAACUCUCCUUUAGCCGUGGGUACAAAAGAACUCUAUCAAGCAGUCAAAGGAAAACACCACAUGGAAACACCAUGACUACUUUUGCCAUGGCAGAAAUGGAGAAGGGGGAGAAAGUAUGCUUUGAAUUGCUGCAGGGCUCUGUGGUGAAACGGAGUCCACCUGGGACAACAAUGGGUGGAUUCCUAAUAUUUAAAACUUGAAUAGUGACAUUUUGUUUUAUUGGUAUCUUUCCAUAGAUGCAAUGGAUCAAUUCCCUGUUGCUUCAUUUGUGAUGUACUCAAUCCUACUGCAUGUGUUUAAACAUAGCACUACCCUAGAUUUGUCUUCAUGCUUCUUUUCUGGAAGUGUUUGGCUUUUCAUUUAGUUGCUUAUGAGCAGCAACAAGAUUUUCUUUCAAGUGAUAAGCUAAUGGUUUGGACACUAAAAGUAUCAGCACACAUUCCCAAAUCCUUCCACUUGGAGACCUGUGCUUAAUUAUAAAAACUGCUUUGUGGGACUUUCUUCAUUUACAAUACAAAUAUAAAUACUUUUCUGGCAAGAGUACUCUCCUGUGGUAAACACUCCCCCCACUGGCAAGGAAAAUAUUUUAGGAAGGACAAUUUAUAAACUCCUACAUGUUGUGAACAGGAGCUUAAGAAACCAGGAGCAAUUUUACCUUUUAGUUCCCCGUGGAACACAGGUAAUCCCAGACCAUCCUGUGGGCUUCUGCAGCUCACUUCAGUGUAUCAGUCUGUGCACAACAUGAACAUUAGAAGAGAUUGAUCAGCUUAGUAAAAUGCACCCUAUAGUAGUAUUUGUUAGCAAGGAUCUUAGAAAUGGCCCACUCUUUCUGCUUCUGGGUCUGUAUUGUACUUGAAUUAAACUGAAAAGCAUAAUAGUAAUAUAACACUGUUAAGAUUAAUUACAUUCAGACAUUUCAAAAAAUGUCAAUAUUAGAAGAAAUAUUGCUGAAAAUUCAAUUAUUUCUAAAGAUAAUCCUGAAUAUAGUGAAUUCAGUUCAGUGUUCAGCAUUUAAUAAAUACUUUAAAACCAAGCAAGUGAGCAAAUACAACUAUCAGCAAAAAGGCAAGCUUACCAGUCUGCUGUUGUUGUUGAAUAUAAAAUAAAUUCAUAAUUAGAAUAAACGAGUAGAAUUUCUGAACUAUAGAUUAUUUUUUUUAAUUCCCCAAAAUCUCAAGAUGACCGCAUCUGAUCACAUCCUGAAGUUUCCUUCUGUUGAACAGAAUACACAAAAGGCUUUAAUUUAUAAAAUUUCAGUAACUGUGGUGUUUUUUCUUGUCUAUCUUUAUAAACAAUUAAAUUUGCCAAAAUGAAAUUCCCAAUAUUUCUGAUAAAAGAGGUAAACUCUUACUAUGCAUUUAAUCUUCUUUUAAGGUAGCAUUUUCUAGCAGAAAUCUAUCACACUGCUAAGGGCUUUCUCCCUACCUGCAUCACGAGUAACACCAAACUGCAAGAUUAUUACAAAACCAAAUCGGUACCUACACACAUUGCACUUCAGACAAUAUUUGGAGAAGCAGAUUGUUUCUUCUGAAAUAAAGCUACAAAGCAAUUUUAGCUACUGAUCCACUGAGAAGAUUCUCACUCUCCAUCCUGAAAACCCCAACAAAGCAAGCAACUAAAAAUUAUCUCCCAUCUACUCCCAGCCAGCAGGAUUAAUGGGACAGCUCUUCCCAUUUACCUAACGAGGAGCCACAUCUUGCACUGCUUGGUGGUGGCAGCACCAUCUGCCCACAAGCUCAGCUUCAUCUUCUGUCCCACAGAUUGCUCAGGUAUCUGAGGGAAAGAAGAAAAAUUUGAAGAGGAGAAUUAUCAAAAAAAGUUUGACAUUGUAAGAUGGGUUCUUUCAGUACACAGCUACAAUACUGUGCUGCCUAGGUCAGGGUAGCUACCAGCUAAGUUCCAUGAUUAAAUACAGACAAGGGAUAAAUAUAAAUAUAUAUAUAUAUAUAUAUGUGUGUGUAUAUAUAAAACCACUUUACUUGUUUUUAUAGCUUUGUCAGAAAGCUUCAACUGGAAAGAAAGCCAUACAGGUAUUUGGAAAAAGACAUGAUCAGUGGUAAAUAGGAUAGCAGUUAAUCCAAACAGGAUUUUAAAGGCUUACUAUCCUUGUCCUUAUCAGUCUCCUAUUCUUGAAGAAGCAGCCAAGCAAGUUCAGAGAUCGUGGACUCCAGAGUGAGCACAAUAUUAGCAUAAAAAUGUUUUAUAUUUGUAUUCUUCAAUGUGCUUAUAUUAGCUACUUGCAUACACACAGAAGACAUACUUGACUGUAAGACUCAUUUUUAGACUAUGAAGCAAAAAAUUAACCAAAGAUAAUGGGUUAAAACAUUGUAUUGGCUGCAUAUGCCAGGAAACCUGACUUUCCUUCCAAGUGACAAGAGAAAAGAUGGUUAAGUUGCUGGGGUUUUGGUGUGUGGGGUUUUUUUUGCUUUUUCUUUUUUUUUUUUUUUUUAUUAAUACAUAGCUUUUUAAUAAACUAAACUACCUAACUACAUGUGAAAUAUGAGCAAACUGUUGGACUACUGGUAUAAAUUUCUUUAAACCCUUCCCUACCCCAUUUGUUUUGUUGUUUGUGGGUUUGGGGGAUUGAUUUGUUGGAUUUUUUUGAAAAUUAAUAGAGCCACAUCACCAUGACCUGCAUUAUUAGGCAACAGACUAGAGGAAACCAUAGUAAUUAAGAAGCAUUAGACUCCAGUUUAGGAUAGAAAGGAAAUAAAAAAUUGCCAUAAAAAUGGCAAGAGGACAAGCAUGAUGAACUGACAGUUAUAUCAUCAACCUGAGCUUCAUAUCUGAAGAAAAAGUUUCCACCUUCUCUUAGUACUUCCCAAAUAUCCUGUAACUGCCAGAAAACAUUGCCACUAGUUCAGUUUUCUGGGUUUUCAGACCAAACCACUAAGCUUUAUAAAAAGAUUAACAAAGCUGUGCAUCUUAAUGCCUUCACAGAGUUGUUUUGUUAUUGAAACUUUUAACACUUUAUGAAUGAAUCUUACAGAGCUCUACAUUUCCAAAGUAAAGUCUCCUACUUUUUUUCCUUUCUGUUAUUAUGAUAGUCUCCUUACUUCACUCAAAAUGCAAGCACCCGUUGUAUAGCAACAAUUUUACUUUUAUAGAUCCAAAGCCUGAAUUCUGCAGUAAGAUUCAUCUGAAGCCAUUUCAGAUACCCACAUCAAGUCAAAGGUGGCUUAACCCUUAUGAACCAGAUUCAUGGGACUACACCCCAGAGUGGUUCUGCUGGUAUGGACUUACUGCAUUAACCCCUGUGAGAGAGACCAAAGUGAUGUUUUUGUCAGAGGUAAAGAUAAAGGUGUAGAAGGGGUUAAUCAAUGGAAUGAAAUCUGUUCCCUUAUGAAAUUAGUGAUACUUCUGCAAUUUAUUAAAAGCUUAUGAU